ACCAAUGGGGUUCCGCAGACUACACACUAUGACCAAUAACCCCAACUCACGGAAUUGACGUAGCGUGUCUUGUAGUCGACAAUGUGUGUUUGAAUGUUAGGUGUAUAUACGUGUGAGUUAGUUUACUGGAGGAUCUAUUAAGUUUUUACUGCGAAAAUUUGAUUUCAGACACCAUGCGUGUCCAAUGUUUGUCGGCGUUUCUAGCCGUAAUAAUCAGUAUUUGCUUAGCGAAAGAAGAGAAGAAUAAGGAUGUUGGAACAGUAAUUGGGAUUGAUUUAGGAACAACUUAUUCCUGUGUUGGGGUAUACAAGAACGGCAGAGUAGAAAUAAUUGCAAACGAUCAAGGUAAUCGUAUUACACCUUCUUACGUUGCAUUCACCCCGGACGGCGAAAGAUUAAUUGGAGAUGCUGCUAAGAAUCAGCUUACAACGAAUCCAGAAAAUACUGUGUUCGACGCCAAGCGUUUGAUCGGCAGAGAGUGGACUGAUCCAACAGUACAGCAUGACAUUAAAUUCUUUCCUUUUAAGGUGAAGGAGAAAAACAGCAAACCACAUAUACAGGUGGCAACAUCACAAGGUGAAAAAAUGUUUGCUCCUGAGGAAAUUUCUGCUAUGGUGCUUGGCAAAAUGAAGGAAACUGCCGAAGCAUAUUUAGGGAAAAAGGUCACACAUGCUGUAGUCACUGUACCAGCAUACUUCAAUGACGCUCAGCGCCAAGCUACGAAAGAUGCUGGCACUAUUUCUGGACUUGUUGUAAUGAGAAUAAUCAAUGAGCCAACUGCAGCUGCAAUUGCUUAUGGUUUAGAUAAAAGGGAAGGAGAGAAGAAUGUCCUGGUCUUCGAUCUUGGUGGUGGUACUUUUGAUGUAUCAUUGCUAACUAUUGACAAUGGAGUGUUUGAGGUUGUGUCAACAAAUGGAGAUACCCACUUAGGUGGAGAGGACUUUGAUCAGCGUGUAAUGGACCAUUUUAUUAAACUGUACAAGAAGAAGAAAGGAAAGGACAUCCGUAAAGAUAACAGAGCUGUGCAGAAGCUUCGCCGUGAAGUUGAAAAAGCAAAGAGAGCUCUUUCUUCUGGUCACCAAGUCAGAAUAGAAAUUGAAAGUUUCUUCGAAGGAGAAGAUUUUUCAGAGACACUGACAAGGGCAAAGUUUGAAGAGCUUAACAUGGAUUUGUUCAGAUCUACAAUGAAGCCUGUACAGAAAGUAUUGGAGGAUGCUGACAUGAACAAGAAUGAUGUUGAUGAAAUAGUUUUAGUAGGUGGAAGCACAAGGAUACCGAAAGUACAACAGUUAGUAAAGGAAUUCUUUGGUGGCAAAGAACCAUCAAGGGGUAUAAAUCCUGAUGAAGCAGUGGCAUAUGGUGCUGCUGUGCAGGCAGGUGUGUUGUCUGGUGAACAAGACACAGAUGCAAUUGUUCUUUUGGAUGUUAAUCCCCUGACUAUGGGCAUUGAAACUGUUGGAGGGGUGAUGACUAAACUGAUACCAAGAAAUACUGUGAUACCAACAAAGAAGUCGCAGAUAUUUUCUACUGCAUCUGACAACCAGCACACAGUAACAAUUCAGGUUUAUGAAGGAGAAAGACCCAUGACAAAAGACAACCAUCUGCUAGGAAAAUUUGACUUAACUGGGAUACCCCCAGCUCCACGAGGUGUUCCACAGAUUGAAGUAACAUUUGAAAUAGAUGCCAAUGGCAUUCUUCAGGUUUCAGCAGAAGAUAAAGGCACUGGCAAUCGUGAGAAGAUUGUAAUCACAAAUGACCAGAAUAGAUUAACUCCUGAUGACAUAGAGCGAAUGAUCAAAGAUGCAGAGAAGUUUGCCGACGAUGAUAAAAAGCUGAAGGAGCGUGUUGAAGCUCGCAAUGAAUUGGAAUCGUAUGCCUACUCUCUGAAAAACCAGCUGUCAGAUAAAGAAAAGCUUGGGGCAAAGGUGAGCGGUUCAGAUAAGACUACAAUGGAGGAGGCAAUUGAAGAAAAGAUUAAGUGGCUUGAAGCCAACCAGGAUGCAUCAACUGAAGAAUUUAAGAAGCAGAAGAAGGAAUUAGAAGAUGUGGUUCAGCCAAUAAUUGCAAAACUGUAUCAGAGUAGUGGUGGACCACCACCACCUGGUGCUAAUGAGGAUGAUGACUUAAAAGAUGAACUUUGAAUAUUUGCAGCAUUUGGAUUGCUGAAUGCAUUUAAAGUGGUGUAAGGUUGAGUUUAUUCACCACAGAUUUAUAAUGUAUAAUUGGACCCUCUUUGUGGAAGGAGUUCCUUUAUACAAGGUGGCAGUAACGAGAUACUUACUUACUGAAUGUAAAAAAAAAGUAUUUAUGGAAGAAAUAGAAGUAUCUAAUAUACUUGCAUAACUAUUGUUAAAAAUGAAUCACCUUCCUUUGUAAUGGAAAACACACACACACACACACACACACACACACACACACACACACACACACACA